AUGGUUUCUCCCGCCAUUAUCCGCCUCGCCGCGGGUGCCGCCCUCUUGGCCGGUGUCAACGGCCAGUCGACCACCUCGACCACCGUCGUCGCUCCGACUACGACCGUGACGCCCAGCACCACCGUGACCGUGGCUAACCCCACGACCACGGUCACCGGCGGCGGCACCACCACCACUCUGACCUCCUCCGCCAGCUCCAGCAGCACGGCUUCCACCGGCACCUCCAUCGCGACCAGUGUCGGCAGCUCUACCGUCACGGUUAUUGCUCCCACGAGCACCUCGGUCACCACGGAUUCUACCCUCAGCAGCGGCGCCAGCACCGUCCCGAGCACCACCGAGACCUCGACUUCUACCGACUCGACGUCCUCGGACCCCGGCGUCGCCACCACGUCGACCACCACCACCGACGUGGUCACCUCUACCAUCCUCACAACCUCGGUCCUCAACACCACCGACCCCGGCGUUCUCCCUACCUUUACCAGUUCUACCGUGACCCUUCCCAACAACAGCACCACCGUCAUCCCUGUCCCGGUUGAUCCCACCGUCACUACUCCUCCCGUCUUCCCCAACGGAACCGCCCCUAUCACCAUCCCUCCCCCGGUGACAACCACCACUUGCAACUUUAACGGCACUUGCAAUGUCAUCACCCUGCCCCCUUGCGUGACGAUCACCUCCUGCUACAACGGCUACUGCAAGCCCGUCACCACAAUCACCUACCCCCUUCCCCCCGUCGUCACUCCCCCGACAGUGACGACCAUCACUCGUUGCAACUUCAACGGCACCUGCUCGACCUACACGCGCCCAGUCUACGUUCCCGCCACGAGCACCCAGGCACCCUUCUACACUGAUUGCUCGACCCUUACAAAGACGUACACUACCUGCAACAACGCCGUCUGCAGCACCGUCACCACGACUACUACUUCGUCCUUCACCCGCCAGGGAACUCCUACCCCUACUGGCCCUGGUGGCUCGACUUUGGUCACGAAGCCCUCGAACCCGGCCUCGCCUCCUGUCAACCCGCCUACCAACCCCAGCAACCCUCCUACCAACCCGUCGAACCCUCCUACCAACCCGUCAAACCCUCCCAGCAACCCGUCAAACCCUCCCAGCAACCCGUCAAACCCUCCCGCCAACCCUUCCAACCCGCCUAGCAACCCUCCUAGCAACCCUCCUAGCAACCCUCCUUCCAACCCGCCCAGCAACCCUCCUUCCAACCCUCCUAGCAACCCUCCUUCAAACCCUCCUUCAAACCCUCCUUCCAACCCUCCUUCCAACCCUCCUUCCAACCCUCCUUCCAACCCCCCUGCCAGCCCGCCCGCGCAGCCUCCCGCGAACCCCCCUGCCUCCAACCCUCCCUCAAACCCCACCAAGCCUCCCGCCGGCAGCUCUCCCGCGACCACUCCGGCCGUCCCCACCACCGUCAGCGGCACCCGCCCCGGCACCACGUCUCCCACCGCCGUGGUGACGGCCGGCGAGCCCGCUCUGAUGGCUGUCAGUGUGAUGCCGCUGAUGAGCGUUCUUGGUGCGGUUGCUAUUGGUAUGCUUGUGUUCUUGUAA